AUGGGAAGUGUUCAGCCGUGGGAGCAAAUUGUUUCCCAAAAGCGUGCUCUACGGAACCAGCUCCUAAAGCCAUAUCAAGUCAACGAUAUCGACCGGCGUGCACCCCAGCUGCUCUCUGUCCAAGAGCGCACGCGUAUUCAAGAAGACCCUGUAAUCCAGGAGAUCACUGACAUCGACAGCGUGCCCAGGCUCUUCGAAUGCCUGAAAUCGGGCAAAUAUACAGCUGAGCAGACGACAUUGGCUUUUAUUAGAAGGGCUGUGGUAGCCCAUCAGUUGACCAACUGUCUCACGGAAAUUGUGUUCGAAGAUGCCUUGGAACAGGCCCGGCAACUCGACCAUACUUUUCAACGAACCGGUCAAGUCAAGGGACCACUCCACGGCAUUCCAGUCACAGUAAAAGAUCAGUUCAAUGUCAAGGGUGUUGACACCACACUUGGAUACGUGGGCCGCUCUUUUGCUCCCGCUACAGAAGAUGCAGUUCUAGUGCAGAUGCUGAAAGAUAUGGGUGCUAUCGUACUGGCGAAGACCAACCUACCACAGAGCAUAAUGGUUUACAAUCCACUUUGGGGUCUGACCGUCAACCCACGGAACCCUGAGUUCACGCCAGGAGGUUCCACUGGAGGAGAGGCUGUUCUAUUGGCAUUGCACGGCUCUAUCCUGGGGUAUGGUACAGACAUCGGUGGCAGUGUGAGAAUCCCACAAAGUCACAUGGGCCUGUAUAGCCUGAAGCCUACGAGCAGUAGACUUCCGUACCAUGGCGUACCGGUGUCUACCGAGGGGCAAGAGCAUGUUCCCUCAUCUGUUGGUCCCAUGGCACGAGAUCUAUCGUCUCUCUGCUAUGUAAGCCGACUGAUUGCUAAUGCACAGCCGUGGCAGUUAGACCCCAAAUGUACCCCGCUACUCUGGAAUGAGAGCGCAUACGAGGAGGUUCAGAACCGGCCUAUGGUAAUUGGGCUUAUUUUGGAUGACGGAGUUGUGAAGGUUCAUCCUCCCAUCGAGAGAGCGCUUCGGGAUCUUUCCGCAAGACUAGAAGCGCAAGGCCACGAGCUAGUCGUCUGGGAUGCUUCCGAUCAUCUAGAAUAUAUCCAACUCAUGGACACUUUCUACACAGUGGAUGGGGGGGAAGACAUCCGCCGCGAUGUGGAAGCUGGUGGGGAGCCUUAUAUUCCCCACGUGGAAGCAUUGGUAAAUCGCGGGAAGGCCAUUUCCGUCUACGAGUACUGGCAGCUCAACAGGAAGAAAGCUGCACUGCAAAAGAAAUACUUGGAUAAAUGGAACGCAACACGCUCUCCCUCUGGGAAACCCAUUGAUGUACUCCUGGCCCCGACAACGCCCCAUCCUGCUAUUCCCCACCGAACACUGCGGUGGGUUGGGUAUACCAAAAUCUGGAAUUUCCUUGACUACUCUGCUGUUACAUUCCCAGUGGAUCAGGUGCGGGCUGAAGUGGACGCACUGCCAGCAGACUAUCAACCCAGGAACGAACUGGACGCAUGGAAUUGGGGGCUGUACGAUGCGAAGGCCAUGAACGGUCAUCCAAUUAAUGUUCAAAUCAUCGGCAAGAAGCUAGAAGAGGAGAAGGUCCUAGGAGCAGCGACUGCCAUUGAGAAGAUCUGGCGCAGCUAG